AUGGCCUCUGACCCGGGCAUUCGCCGAGUAACCUUGGUUAAUAAAGCUCUCUCGUCCAACAGUCCCACAGGGCCAUUUGUCAUUUUCAUUGCCCGCUCCAGCAAGUGCCACAAUGGUUCUACCGUUCAUGGACAGAAGAUAUGGCUCCGAGGCUCAAUGUCACAUGUUGAACGUGCCUUCAGAUCCAAGUAUGGGGAAUUAGGAAAUCGCCCUCGUGCCUACUGUGCUUUCGUUCACGAAUCCAAUACUCCCUUACCACCAACAAGCGAUGAAAUCCAAUACGUCACCUCGGUCAUUCAACGGGCACGAGAAGCCGGAGCCGAAGCCAUCCUAGUGAUCAGUGGCUGGGACGGGUUCACCACACACGAGCCAAACUUCAUCAACGUUUUCAAGGACUUCAAAGAAGUCAAAAUCACCGUUCUCAUUUACGCCUCGUUUAUGGCCGACUCGCCUCGCCAGUUUUGGGAAGUUGAUCCCCACAAAAUCAGUGACCACUUUGAGGGCAAGAUGAAGCUUGAAGAUGACUCAGAGACUGAUCACUCUGCGUUGUUUGUUGAGAGAUUCCAAUUCAUUCAUCGAAAAAGGGCUUCUUUAGAGGAGGCCUUGCAGGUCUUGAUGGAGAUGACAGGCCGCUCACGCGAAGAGCUGAAGGAGGAAUGCAAUCUAGAGGCCAUAGAGGAAGAAGGCGAGAGGGAGUAUGGGGAGGAAAAUGAUGGGUCUGACGAAGAGCAAGAAAAAAAGGCAUGGCAGCCGAGAAAAAAACGGGGACGACGCAUUUGA